CAAACGGCGUUUAGUGAAUAAUAUUGGGGUUGUUAGAAUAGUUUUGUGAUUUUUAUUCUCAUUUAUUUUACAAUGAGUACUAAACGUAAAAAUAUGGAAGACGAAAUGUCCAGAUUCGAGGCGGAGAUUUCAAAAACAGCCGCCGCACUGCCGAUCAGCGGCAUUUCGUCAAAUCCUUUUAUUCCCUCCCAAGUGCGUACGGUAAUUGGAUCGCAAACCUACAGUCAAGUGCAACAAAAAUUAGCAACCGCACCGACUCGAAUUCCGCCGCCACCAAUACCUCCGUUUUUGCCGACUUACACUACGCCGACCCCGCAGCAUCACGCUCCGGAAAAGUCAUAUUCUACAGAACCAACUCCGGCUGUCGUUAGCAGUGCACCAAAGCUAUAUAAUGCUCGACCGACAGUUGGAACGCUACCUAAAGUGGAAGUUUCCUCCGGUAGUGGAGGAGGAGGCUCUGUUAUUGGCCCAAGCAUUUCAUCAGCACCGGUCCAAUCGUAUGACAUAGCAAACAUACAGUUUGAAGUGACUACCAAAAUUAAAAAACAAAAAACAGAAAAAUCUGGUCCAAAUCCCAUAGCUGAAGAAGCUAUCAAAGCUGCUAGGGCAUCGUCAGCGUUGCAAUCAUUCGGUAAUGCUGAUCGGAGAGGAAAGAAAGAUCGGAAGACGGUUCGCGUCGCCGGUGGUCAAACGUGGGAGGAUGCGUCGCUUGCCGAUUGGCCGGAUGACGAUUUUAGAAUUUUCUGCGGAGACCUGGGAAACGAUGUGAACGACGAACUAUUGACACGAACUUUCAACAAGUUUCCCUCAUUUCAACGUGCCAAGGUAAUCCGAGAUAAGCGGACGAGCAAAAGUAAGGGCUAUGGGUUCGUCAGCUUCAAGGAUCCGCAGGACUUUAUUCGGGCGAUGAAAGAGAUGGAUGGUCGUUACGUGGGCAGCCGUCCCAUAAAGCUGCGUAAGAGUACCUGGAGAAAUCGCAGCAUUGAAACUGUGCGGAAAAAGGACAAAGAAAAACAGGCUCUGCUCAGUCUCUUCAAUCAGAACUAGUCGUAGCUAUCAUCGGCUGGACAACAGGAUUUGCAGAAUCAUAACAGACACAUUGUAUCAACUUUUUGGCUCACUAAUGCUACUAUGCAGCAGCUUGGGCGUUUUACACGUGUGUUUUUAUUUUUGUGUGUUUUCUGAUGUUCAUAUGAGUGAGCUAUUCGUUUUUGUCCCUGAGCUCUUAUUUCGCUUGUUUUGGAACGGAUUAUUUCAAAAGUUUAUUUUAGUCACAUAUGGAUAGAAAAAAAGCCUAAUCGUUGAGAUUAUUGUGUUCUCAUAAAUCUAUAUCAAAGAUGAUGCUUAACUGAAACCCUUUGCUUUUCUAACUUUUCUCUUUA